UAUUUAUUUUCGUCAGUGGCAACCCUGAUUGGAGCUCAUAAGCAGGCAUGGGCAGAGACUUAAGCGCUGGUUAUACUAACAUAGCAAGGCAGGGCAUAAUCAAGCAGCGCAUGUGAAACAGGGGAGUGGUUAUACUCCGCAUAUCGCACAUUAUAUUUCAAAAUCAGCUGUUUGGGAAAUAUCGAUUUAUUAAUUAAUUUGUUUUCUGACAGGAAAAGUUGUUCAAAGAGUAAGUAACUAAUUUGGCAAAUUAAGUACACUUAAUAAUAAUUAAACAUACUCCUACAGGUGUUUUCUUGAUUAAUACACCAUGUGGCCUGAUGGACAAAUGGAAGAAGACUUCCUCGAUUUGGCAUUUUUAAAUAUUUGCCGUCUUCAACAGAAACGGCAAGAAUCGAGGCGAGUACGGCGCUGGGCGGUUCAUCCAGUAAAUAGGGAUCGGAAAUUUAAUGGAUACUUUAGGAAAGUGUUCUUGAAAUGCAUAUCCCACGACAGCAAGAUUUUUUUUUUAACCAGGAUGAACCGCCCGUUGUACGAUUUAUUGCAAACGUUGCUAAAUCCGUUUCUGGAAAGACCCAAGAAACAAAUCUCUCCAGAAGAGCGCCUUGCGAUAACACUGAUGUAAGUUAUAGGCGAAUGCUAGAUAUUCAUUACAUUAUAGUAACAAUUUUUUUUGUAGGUACCUCGCACAUGGAACGUCGUUCGAAAUCGUCGCUUCAAUGCACAAGAUGGGAAAAACAACUGUUCGGAAUAUUGUGUUAGAGACCUGCGAGAUUAUAUGGACCACUUUGUCUCCAGUGUAUCUCAGCGAACCCACUUUGGCGCAAUAUAAAGACAUUGCGGACGACUUUUCCAGAAUGUGGAAUAUGCCAAAUUGUGUAGGAGCCAUUGACGGGAAACACAUAGCAAUCACUUGUCCGAAGAAUUCUGGCUCGCUGUACUUUAAUUAUAAAAAAUUUUAUAGUAUAGUUUUAAUGGCUACCUGCGACGUCAAGUACACAUUUACAUCCGCUAGCAUUGGAAGCUUCGGAGGACAAAGUGAUGGAGGUGUUUUCCAGCAAACAGCAUUUGGACGGGCGCUGCUGAGCAAUAGUUUGCCACUACCACCAAAAACGCCGUUAUGGAGAGGAUCGACGGAAGAAUUUCCACAUUUUUUUGUCACCGACGCGGCAUUCCCACUGAAGGAAAAUUUAAUGCGGCCAUACCCUGGCGUACAACUAACUCGCAGCAAAACAGUUUUUAAUUACCGAUUGUCGCGAGCUCGUCGGGUAAUUGAAAAUAGCUUCGGGAUUUUAACUGCUCGCUGGCGUGUCCUUCGAAAAGUCAUCGAUUGUAGUCCGGAGAACUGCGAAAAGAUCGUUUUAGCGUGCUUGGUUUUGCACAACUUUGUUAUGCUAAACGAUCUAAAACGAUGGUACUGUCCAGAAAAUUUCGUAGACACAGAUGACCCAGAACAAGUGACAACAAAUGGAGAAUGGCGCCGUGAUCUGGAGGAUCUGGGUGGUCCAUUGACCUCUAUAACGUCAAAUCGACGUAAUGCAAGCGCGGCUGCAUUCCGUUUAAGGGAAAAAUUGGCAGACUAUUUUUUGAAUCAAGGUUCCGUCCCUUUUCAGUAAAAUGUUCAUUCAUGCAUACGUAUUAUUAAUAUUCCCAUUAGUAUUAUUAUUGUAGCAUAAGCACAUCGCCCUUUUUACUUUAAUUGUCAUGUGCACAUAAGUAAUGUAUAAACAAAUAGGAAUGUACACAAACAACAGUUUACCCAAAUCAGUUACAUUGAACUCAGCGGGAGUUUAUGCAAAGACUGCAUUCAUCGCACAUAGCGAGGAUCUUGUUACACUUGUGCGGACGGUCAAAGACACCGCCAAAGACAGUCGCAGUGACUAACUGAUCCACAACGUCAGUUUGUCAAUGCGACUGACAUAUUUAUAUAUUUAUUGCAACCAUAUGUUGACUUAGCAUAUUUUAGAGUUAUGUAGUUAGUUUGUAGGUAUU